AUGAGCUCGUUGUCGAGGUCGUUCGCGACCCUGGAGAAAGAGACCGAAAAGGUGGACAUCGCGGAGUCCCAUCCGGAUAGAGUGAGUGCGCGCAGGUGCCAGCGGGUCCCUCGAGGGUUGGAGAAAAAGGUCUCGCCCCGGCGGCUUCGAGGAGACGUCGUGGAAAAAGAUUUCGAGGAGGAUGUAAUGAGUCGCGGUCAGGUGACCGCGACGAUGUGGGAGGCUUUUGCUUUGUCCAACAACGACGACGAGCCGCAUCCGUCAAGACAUCGGCCUCGCCGUCCAGAAGCGCCACAACAACAAUCCAUGUCUCCUUCUCGCAAACGCCCAGUCUGCCACAGCUGUGGCUCGCCUAUGGCGGGGCAUAAACGGCCGAACGGUAUACCUGUCUGUCCCACUGGGGCAACUCCUCCACCAAUCUUGCCCCGUGGAGUCCCCCUAAGACGUACAAACGCAGUCUUUCAGAUCCCGGAGAAUGGGCAUUAUAUUAAUCCCAACUACGUCGAAUCAGAAGUCGCCCAGACUGCGGACGACGACGAUGACGGCAGUCUUCCAUCGUCCUGGGUGCCUACCGAGCCCGCAGACGAUAACGCACACCCUCGUCAUGGAGAGUUUGACGGAGAUGAUGAUGCUCGAUCGAACACUUCCACAUCCGUGGGGUCAUCUGUGUCGUCGCGCAUCAGGCGCAGUCUCUCCGAGCUGCUCAUGACCAGCACCCCUCUCGCCAGUUUAUUCAGCACGCCGAAAGACAACCUUCCGGCACUGGCGAAGGCCGCACAUAGGCGCGGGCUGUUCAUGGGGCUGAUCCAGCGCCGUGGCAAGACAGACCAAGGGGGCCGUAUUAAGAUUGAGGAGAGCGACGGUUUUGGCGCGGGAGAGAUGCACCAGCAUCCGAGAUUGGUGGUUAUGGGCCGAGAUCCCCGCGCUGUUGAGUAUUUGCUGGAUAUCUCGGAGGAGGAGACGGAUGGUCAGGUGGGGCCACAAGGAGGUACCUCAGGACAGAAGGGCUUGGUAGGGACAUACCCCAUCGACAUUCGCUCGAUACGGAUGACGUUCCUGGAUGUUAUCCUCGCCGGGGCCAUCGGCGGGCUAGUAGUGUGGCCCUUAUCCCUUUCAUCUCUCUAUGCGAGCUUGACUAGAUCACAGCGGCCACAAGACCUAGCCUGCAUGAGAUCCUAA